AUGGCGGCCGCCGCGGGUGACGGCGGCAGCGUCCCGCAGAAAACUACCAGAGGGGAGGCACCUUCCGCCUCUGACCCGCCCGUACCCCGGCAUAUCAUGCCGCACGAGGAGUGCGUCGCCGGCGUCCGCUCGGCUCUCAAAGAUCCGACGGUGCGGUUCCUGAGGGAGCGGAUGGAGAAAGCCGGGUGCACCGUGUGGCCGAUGCUGAUCCGGGCGGCCACCUGCGCCUCUGCCGGGGGCUACGCAAGCCGCGAGGGGCUCCAUAUUUUGGCACCAAGUGCUGCAUAUUUGCAGCACUCCAUCCGGCUGCCGCAAAGAGUAGACUGUAAUGGGAAGUAUUGUGUUGUAAAUGAGUUCGUUCGAGUCCUCUCCUUGGGAUGUUUCUCCUCCGUAGAAUAUGAUAUGAAUGAAGACGAGGACAUUGCUUUGAUCAGGAUGAUGUACAUGCAUAAGAACAAGAGGCCGAAGCAUGUUAUUUAUGUCCAGAUAGAAGUUUGCUGUAAUCACAUGGAAUAUCCCGAUCAGAUAACUCAGACCAUAACUCAUGAGUUAAUACAUGCUUAUGAUGACUGUGUUGGCAAGAACAUGGACUGGACGAACUGCGCUCACCAUGCUUGCUCUGAGAUUCGAGCUAAUCAUCUUAGUGGCAAUUGCCAUUACAAACGUGAACUGAUGAAAGGCUUCCUGAAGAUAAGGGGGCAUGAGCCAGAAUGUGUUAAAAGACGUUCGCUGGAAUCUGUCAAGAACAACCCUUACUGUUCAGAGACAGCUGCAAAAGAUGCAGGCUCCAUGAAGUGCAAGCUGUUGAGAGAUUUUUGUGUCCUUUCAGAUGAGCUCUACGAAGUUCAAGCCUGUGGGACAGUAACUCAAAAUCUGCUGCCGUCACUAAAUGUCAUGGUUUUACCGCAAAGUUUUUCAUUUGAAAACUUCACUAUAGUAACUGUUGUACCCUGGAAAUCUGGGGAUGUUCUGUAA